AUGUGUCUGCCGUGUGGACCAGUCCCGACUACAUCAUCAAGCAAAAAGUCCGGCCAUUACGUAGUCCGAAUGAAAAGAAGAGUAUUCCGGACCGUCGGUGGCUUCACGCUGCGGUUGGCUCGAUCGAUUCAAUAUCGAAUAUCGUUGGUCAGCUCGUGGUGGUCUUACUGUAGUUGUUCCGAUGACAACCGUCAGCAAGAACGAGAAUUUUCGAAGAAUCAUUCGAUGACUCCUGUCUCAGGGAUGUCUGGAAGGAAUUUUUUACGAGGUCUGCCAAGAUGA